UGUCUCAAAAAGAUGGCAGCGCUCGUGAUAUAAAAAAAUGACCUUGCAGUUGUUGGAGGGAAAACGCUAAUAUAAUUUAAAAAGUUUGAAAUUAUUGAAACGCCUUUAAAUAGAUGUGUCGCACGAGUUCCGUGCAAUUACGUAUCGUUAUAAGAACUGUGCCUUGGAUUCUAGCCAACUUAAAUUGAGGGCCGUGCGGUGUGGGCAAGUAUCGAAAUUCGAUAUCUCUGCAAACGGCGUUGUUUUUAUGGUGCGUCUUAAUGGAAAUACGCUUGGGUUGCGAAAUUCCAGAGAAUUGCCACAAUGGCCUGUUGGUACUUGGAGCACCUAAGUACUAAGGAGCGAGUGAUCCUUCAUAAUGGAAAGAACACAAUUGGACGCCACUCGACCUGCAAGAUUGUCGUAACAUAUGCAUAUAUAUCUAGGAAGCAUGUCGAGAUUACAGUUAGUCCGAAUGAAGUCUUAGUCAGGUGCUUGAAAGCUCCGAAUGGUGUAUAUGUGAAUGCCGAGGAAAUUGCACAAGAUGGCGCGGUUGGCGUGCCUGUACGCGAGGGGGAUACAAUCUGCCUGGGUUGUCCAAUUCCGGAGAAGGUAUCGAGAACAUAUGCCGUUUUCAGGUUAAAGAAAGGAGCGGACGAUUUGGACCAAAUUGUAAUAUUAAGCGAUUCAGAUGACUCAGCUCCUUUGCCGCCUCUAAAGCCUGCUGCUGAAAUCAAAGCGGAAUCUGUCGCAAGCGAUAAUGCUGCCCCAAAUUCUGCUAGCAAAGAGACGGAUAAGGGGAGUCCAACUGCAUCCAGUUCACAUCCGAUCCUUCACUUGCCGAAGUUACCACACGUUAAACCAGAGUUGGUACAGACGGCAAGAGAUAUUACAAACAUAUUUGGAGAGGCAGAUGAGGCCAUUAUUGACAGUGUUCUGGAGAUAAAUCCGUAUUUGUACAAUCAUUUGUCCAAAGAUAAGCAAGCAGUUCCAAUCUCAAAGCUACACGAUGGUCAAGUCAUUGAGCUGGCUGAGAAGGAGGAUAGCCCGGAUGGUCUGCCCUGUCCUAAGCAGCCCGACCACGCGGACAGCAGCAGCAUGCCUCCGCCUUUUUCGCCUGCCCCGUCAUUGGAGAAAAUCGUUGAGGAGUACGAUGAGGACAUGGCCAUGUCCCAGGCGGUUCUGCAAGAGAUGAAGGAGGAGAUGGCAUUGAGCGAUGGCGAGGAAAACUUUUUUGAUACAAAUAACAAUGGAAGCCGCUCCCACGGUUCACCCUUGUCUUCCAUUAAUGACGAUGACAUCAUUGUGAUCACCGACAGCGAUGAUGAUGACCUAUGCAGCAAGGUGACCGACUGGUCCAACAAGCUCCUCAGCCAGAAAGCAAACGACGUCUUGUCACAGGCGUAUCCCAUGGCCGAUUCUGAUGCGGAGGAUGAUUUUCAAUCUCAAAUGAAAUUCCGAAACCUACCGAAGGCGCUUCGCAUGGUCGAUUCCAGCGAUGAGGAAUCCGAUCUGCUUGCCCCUCUCUUUCCCAAAUGCUCCAAGCCACUCCGCAUUGAUUCCAGCUCGGAUGAGAGUGAUACUUCCACCCCCACCACCCGUAAAGCGGACAGCCUAUCGUCAAAGCCAUCUCCCAUGCGCAUGGGCGCGAAUCGCUCCAACUCCACCGCAGAUGAUUGCCAAUUGUUCACGCGGCGCCAGCGAAAAGAUCCGGACGACAUCUUUCAGGAGCCAGACUUUUCUCCAUCUACAUCUCCACAGAAGAAUGAUUAUGAUUGUAAGCUAGAUGACUGGGAUUUUGAUAGCGUGAUCUUUGGAGCCUUGAAUGACGAGUCCCCCAAUGAAGAUCUAACCAAGAAGUCCAACAUAAUCCAGGGCAGAGAUGAAAUAGAUUUAGAUGUUUCUAUGGAGGUUGGGCUGAUGGCUAACUCAAACGUAUCAAUGGAGAAAGCAGACACUUCUGGGGAGGAGCUAAAGGAAACUCCGUCAGUAAAGAAAGCCGCUGCGGAGCCUGCAGUUGCCAACAAAGAUACCAAAAUGUCCAGAAUCUCCCAAAGACGAUCAACCAUAGCAGCCUCUCGCGAAGACUUGGCUCAAACGGAUGAAACCAAAGAUAAAUCGGAACCUGAAGCUUCCAACAAAAACUACACAAAGGAAAAAGAGUCUUCUGUAGAGUUAGAGGUGCCAUCUAAACCAUAUGAAGUGGAGAAAGCUGCAGUUGAGCCUGCAGCUUCCAGUAAGGAUACCAAGAAGUCUAGAAUCUCCCAUCGACGAAAACCCGUGUCAGGCUCUCGCGAAGUCUUGGCUGGCACUUCUAUAGAGAAAACCAAAGAUAAAGUGGAGUCUGUAGUUUCAAACGAAAAUCACGCAAAGACGAAGGGGUCAUCCAUGGAAAAAGAGGUGCCAUUCAAACGAAAGGAAGUUCCUAAAGUGGAGCCUGCAGUUUCACACAAAAAGUCCAGAAUUUCUCAGCGCCGAUCAACCAUAGCCGUCUCUCGCGAAGAGUUUCUUGCCGCUUCCGGGGAGGAUCCCAAAGAAACUCCUGUAGAGAAAACCGAAGAUCAAGUGGAGUCGGCAGUUUCCAACAAAAAUUACGCGAAGACGAAGGAGAAAGCAGACACUUCUGGGGAGGAGCUAAAGGAAACUCCGUCAGUAAAGAAAGCCGCUGCGGAGCCUGCAGUUGCCAACAAAGAUACCAAAAUGUCCAGAAUCUCCCAAAGACGAUCAACCAUAGCAGCCUCUCGCGAAGACUUGGCUCAAACGGAUGAAACCAAAGAUAAAUCGGAACCUGAAGCUUCCAACAAAAACUACACAAAGGAAAAAGAGUCUUCUGUAGAGUUAGAGGUGCCAUCUAAACCAUAUGAAGUGGAGAAAGCUGCAGUUGAGCCUGCAGCUUCCAGUAAGGAUACCAAGAAGUCUAGAAUCUCCCAUCGACGAAAACCCGUGUCAGGCUCUCGCGAAGACUUGGCUGGCACUUCUAUAGAGAAAACCAAAGAUAAAGUGGAGUCUGUAGUUUCAAACGAAAAUCACGCAAAGACGAAGGGGUCAUCCAUGGAAAAAGAGGUGCCAUCCAAACGAAAGGAAGUUCCUAAAGUGGAGCCUGCAGUUUCACACAAAAAGUCCAGAAUUUCUCAGCGCCGAUCAACCAUAGCCGUCUCUCGCGAAGAGUUUCUUGCCGCUUCUGGGGAGGAUCCCAAAGAAACUCCUGUAGAGAAAACCGAAGUUCAAGUGGAGUCGGCAGUUUCCAACAAAAAUGACGCGAAGGCGAAGGGAUCUUCUGUGGAAAAACGAAAGGAGGCUUCUAAGGUGGAGCAUGAAGAGUUUCUUGCCGCUUCUGGAGAAGAACCAAAAGAAACUCCUUCAGUAGAUCAGGGCAAAGUGGAGCCUGAAGUUUCCAAUAGGUCGAAAGAAAAUGAGCCACCACCUAUGCCACACCAGGAAUUUCCUCCGAAAAGAGAGCCCAAUGCACGACUUCGCAGCCGUGCCACUUCGUGCUACUACGAAAGACCCCAAGACGAGCCAGAUUUGGUGGCCACCAUUGUCAACGGCAUGGACGUGAGGCUGAUUAGGGGACCAGAAGUGGUUGAGGCUCCUUCGUUGCCAAAGUGUCGCGGCAAGCUGCGCGGCGUUUCGGCUGUGCCCAAAGAUAAGGUUUUGGACCGCCAGCGAUUCCUUGACUAUCAGGUCGAUAUGAAUGCCAAAUGGAAGGAGAAGCCCAAACCGAAGAAAACGGUAGAUGACGAAACGAAGGACAAGCGUCGUGAGGCGCUCAAAAAACUGUCUGAAAAGAAGCCAGUCGAGAGCACUUCCGAGCAAUCGGUCAACGGAAAGAGAAAAGCCACAACCACUGUGCCAAAAGUAAGCAAUUACAAUCGUGGUGCUUUCCUCACCGUGGGCAUCGAUGGACCGCCGCCCUCAAAGAUUCCCAGCAUGGACCUGCCCAAGCCAAAUAGGAGCCGACGUGCCACUAUUGACGUUGAAAGUUUUUCACAGCAGAUUCAGGCUACAGAUUUUCUGCCCAGGCGAAUCGGCCGUCCGCCAGAGCGUAAGGAGGCCGAGUAUGCAAGAAAUCAGCGAACAUGCAAUCGCGUCACCUUCGCCAGCAUGGAGAAGGAUAUGGAGGAUAAGUUGAGGCUCCAGAAAAUUUCGAAACGAGUGCGAUUCAGCGACAAGGUUCAGAUCAAAUUUAUCGAAGGUAGGCGUACGGCACAAGGCUGCCGCGGAACGCACGGAGUGCACGGAAAAAAGGACACUGAGCUGCUAUUCUCCAGCACGUAUGCCGAGAGACGUGAACGCUGGGCGCGCACUCAGGUGAACGAUCUAACGUCCCACUUCGAGACCAUCCUCAAGUGGGCAAAUCAAUGGCUGAAGCUGCGGAGUGUGGAUGCCGUGGCCAAUGCAGAUGUUCUGAAGCCCAUAGCCCUCGAGUUCGAGACCGUCAAGCAGUACAAGGAAAUCUUUGUGCCAUUGAUGAAACUCGAGUUGUUGACCACAAUAGAAAGGGAAUACAAAGUGGGGAGGGAGUCAUAUGAGGUCUGCCUGCAGUUUCCUGUUGAGGAAAAGAAUUCAUUUUACUGCCUGACUACGCGAGUGUUCACUAAACCGACAGGAAAGUAUAUGCUCUACACUCUAUCGAGUGGCGACAAGCUCAAGGAGACGUUUGCUAACCUUCGGGAGCAAGGAACAAAAAAUGGCCAUGAACUGGUUUUCGAAAUCUUAAAAGAUGGCAUUUCUCUUGAGACAUUUGAGGGGAUAAAACUCUUGACUGCCCGCCCUGUGGUAGACAGCUUGAGAGUGGAGCUGGGCGUCCUGCAAGCUGUCGAUCAGUUGUCACGCUCGCCACUCCAUCGAAAGAUUAUCAAGCCCGCCGAAAUGCUGAAGAAUGCCCAUAUACCCAGCUAUGGAACACCAUUUGUUUUUAAGGGUUUCGCCAAGCUCAACCCUCACCAGGAGGAUGUCUGCUCAAGCACGUAUCAACGUGUCAUAGACGAUGUAAAGCCAAGCAUUACGCUUAUUCAGGGUCCCCCAGGCACCGGCAAAUCCAUGGUGAUUGCGAACAUCAGCUUCCAGUGUCUGUAUGGAAAGGCGGUCAUAAAAAGGGACCGCAAGAUACUAAUCUGUGCCCACUCCAACACGGCCGUCGAUUCAAUUGUCUACCGACUGCACAAUGUGCGAGAGAACUUCAAUGAAAAGGAUCGUUUUCAUAUGCUUCGUUAUGGGCUGUACGAAAAGAUGAACACUCUGUCGCGCCAGUACUCGCUAGAGAAUAAGUACCAGAGCGCCAGGGCUCACAAAAGAGAUCGUUUGACGCCCGAAAACAGAGCGAUUCUCAAAGAGCGCCACCUUGCGUUGCAAGUGGAGCUAAACUUGAUGAAGAUUAGGAAUCUCGAUGGCACCUGGCUGUUCGAUAGGUACCAGGAGAUGACGAAGCAACUGCUGGACUGGGAAGAGCAGCUCAACCCUCGAUUGACACAUCGCGAGGAGUACGAUAUUGCUCACUCUCUUAUAAAAGAAGCCAACAUUGUGUGCACCACACUCUCCUCGUGCGUGAAGCUGGGCAGUUUUAUUAACUACUUUGAUAUCUGUUUAAUUGACGAGGCAACACAAUGCACCGAGCCGUGGACCCUGCUGCCGAUGCGUUUCGGCAUUCCGCACCUGGUGUUGGUGGGCGAUACGCAGCAGUUGCCUGCCGUCGUGCUCUCCCAGAAGGCCGUCGACUUCGGUUUGUCUAAAUCAAUGUUCGAUCGCAUCCAGCGGAGCCUGGAGAAGCAGCAGGGGGUCCAGCCGAAUGGUCAUUUGUCCGUCCACACCAAGCUCUUUAGUCUUACCACGCAAUACCGCAUGCAUCCGGAGAUCUGUAAGUGGCCGAAUCGCUACUUCUACGAGGAUCGGCUAGUCAAUGGACAGGGCCUUGAUAUGUUUCUUGAUUCGCCCUUGAUUCCCUACUCUGUUAUCAACUUGGGCUUCACCAGCGACACCAGCGAUCCGAAAACUCGGAGCAUUAGAAACGAAGAGGAGGCUCGCUUUGUGGCCAAGCUCCUGGCAGAGAUGGAAAAUCAUUUGCCGAGCAAAGUCUACCUCUAUGGUUUGAUCUCGCCGUACAGCAGCCAAUGCCAUACCCUGAGCCAAGUCAUUCCCAGUCACAUGAAGAUCAUGCCGCCACACACUGUGGAUGCCUAUCAGGGCAUGGAGAGCGAUGUGGUCGUCAUUUCGAAUGCCAGGACACGCGGCACCGGUUUCCUGUCCAACUACCAGAGGCUCAAUGUCGCCGUAACCAGGCCCAGGCGCUGUCUAAUCAUCUGCGGCAAUUUCAAUGAUCUUCAGAGCGUGCCAAUGUGGAAGAACCUGCUGGGCGAUGCCCGUAAGAGAGGGGUUUACUUUGACUUAAAGCGUGAGGAUGUUGCCAAUCUAAAAGAGUCUUUGAUGAGCAAACUGUUGGUCAAGACCCAAGAGAAGGCUAAUAAAGAUAAUUUAUAGUAAUAGAAAGAAAAAAGAACAGAAAAAAGUGACGCUAAUGAAUAUUUUUUUUUUGUUUUUUUAUGCAUUACAAUGCCAGGAGGAAAAUCGCAAGAAACGGUCUUCCCCCAAUAAUAUAAUUAAAUAAACGCCAUUUUCAGUUGGAUUUA